UCAUUACUAUCAUUGCAACCGCCCCUAAAGACCGGAAACCCCAAGAGUCCCUUCCUCUCUUCACUCUCUUCAAGCAACCUUGAUGCAGCUGCCAUUUCUUUUUUGUUUACAGAAGCAGGAGCAGCUUGUAUUUUAAAAAAUGGUGAGGGUGAGCGUUCUGAACGAUGCACUCAAGAGCAUGUACAAUGCAGAGAAGAGGGGAAAACGGCAAGUGAUGAUCAGGCAGUCCUCUAAAGUUAUCAUCAAGUUCCUUUUGGUAAUGCAGAAGCAUGGUUACAUUGGAGAGUUUGAGUAUGUAGAUGAUCAUAGAGCUGGUAAAAUCGUGGUUGAACUAAAUGGAAGGCUGAACAAGUGUGGGGUUAUCAGUCCUCGUUUUGAUAUCGAAGUGAAUGAGAUCGAGGGUUGGACUGCUCGGUUACUUCCUUCCAGACAGUUUGGAUAUAUUGUGCUCACCACAUCUGCUGGAAUCAUGGACCACGAAGAAGCCAGAAGAAAGAAUGUUGGUGGAAAAGUAAUUGGCUUCUUCUAUUGAGAGACACAUUUCCUGAGAAAUCUCAUUUUCAGUUUGGAUUGAACUCGUAUCGAGGUGUUGGUAUUAUUUUGUAGUUUAUGAGUUAUAUUUUGAUGUUUUGUUUACGUAGUUUGCGGUUAUGAACUGUUGGAUUUCGGAUUUCCUUUGGUAAUAGUCGAAAGAGAUUUAUAUUUAGGAGUUCCA